ACAGCUGUUAGUUAAAUGUCAAAUUUGACAUUUAGUUGAUUGAGUUUGCUGUUUUGUAUGAAAUUACGUAAAAUUUAACACAGUCAACAUGUCUUUAGUAAAGGCCGGCUAUUAUGAUAAGCCCGAAGGGCAAGAUUGUUAUGGCAAAAUGUUGGCCACCAAUUCCUAUGCUGCUGCCGCCGGCUUAGCCUGGUCUACCAUAGAUGUAUUGAUGUUGUCACACACCAAAGGCUAUAUACCCACAAUGGCACGUUUUGCCUACAAUAUUGGUCCCAUGAUGGGUAUGGCUUCGGCCUUUACUUUGACCACGUAUAUUGCCACAAAUGCCAGAGGCAAGGAUGAUAGACUUAACUAUUUCUUGGGUGGCAUGGCUGCUGGUGGUGUCUAUGGUGCCUGGAGACGCAAUCAUGUUGCUGGUCUUGUUAUGGGUUUGGCAUUUGGUAUUGCUGGUGUUGUUAAGAAAAUUUCCCGUGAAGAAGGUUGGGAAUUCUUCCCCGCUCUUAAUCAUCAUGCUUACAUGGGUGUCAAAGAAAAUGACUACACUUUGAUGGCCGAACGUCCCAGAAAUUGGACAACCGGCAAGGAAAGUUCUUAGAGAGCAUUAGCAAAUCUGUGUUUUAGUGAUUAGUUGAAAAAAAAUGUAAAAUUUUACAAAACAGCCGUAAUGAAAUCGUGAAGAAACCACAAAAUCGAAAAUAAAAUAAAUUAAUACUUCUAAAGAA